GACAGCCGGAUUGCGGCGCCCAAUAUGGCGGCGCCCAGGGUACCGGUAGCUACUCCCGCGGCUGCGGCUCCGCGGCAGAGUUGCUGAGCUGGCCGGUGACUAACUUGAGCUUUCCUGACCCUGUCUCUCCGCCGGAGUCUUUGGCCCCCCCUCGUCCCUCGGUCCCUGCUAGCGCCGACGCCAUGAGUCUGCGGGAGCUGCUGCGCCGGCCCCGCCGCCCGGGGACGCCGAGCGCACUGUGGCGGCCGCUCCUGCGGCCGCCCCCCGCGCCUCGGCGUAGCCUCUUUUCAGGCUCCCCGACCCACUGGAACCAGGUGGUGUCGGAGGCCGAGAAGAUCGUGGGUUACCCGACUUCGUUCAUGAGUCUUCGUUGCCUUCUGAGCGACGAGCUCAGCAACAUCGCCAUGCAGGUGCGCAAGCUGGUUGGAACGCGGCAUCCGCUGCUCUACACGGCCAGGAGGCUUGUACAAGAUAGUCGAAAUAACCUCCAAUUGCGUGGCCUGGUGGUAUUACUUAUUUCCAAAGCUGCUGGACCUAGUAACACUGCAGUAUUGCCUCUCAAGCAUGACAUGGUCAGUGGAAUUUAUCCCAGUCAAAGAAGCCUGGCAGAGAUCACAGAACUUAUCCACACUGCUUUCCUUGUGCAUCGUGGGAUAGUAAAUUUAAGUGAAUUGAAUUCUUCUGAUGGUCCACUGAAAGACAUGCAGUUUGGAAAUAAAAUAGCUAUCCUGAGUGGAGACUUCCUUCUGGCAAAUGCCUGCACUGGACUAGCUCAGUUACAGAACACUAAGGUCGUGGAACUUGUAUCAAGUGCUCUUAUUGACUUAGUACAAGGAAUAUACUGUGAAAAGUCUACUUCAACAGAGGAAAACUGUAUCACAGAUGAUAUCGGAAUAUCAACUUGGAAGGAGCAGAUUUUCCUCUCCCAUAGUGCCUUGCUAGCAAAAAGCUGCCAAGCUGCAAUGGAAUUAGCAAAGCAUGAUACUGAGGUCCAGGAUAUGGCAUUUCAGUAUGGAAAGCACAUGUCUAUGAGUCAUAAGAUAAACUCUGACCUCCAGCCUUUUAUUAGAGGGAAGUGUGCUGGCUCCAUCACAUUUAAUUUAAAUUCAGCUCCUGUAGUCUUACAUCAGGAGUUUCUUGGAAGAGAAAUGUGGAUUAAGCAGAUCAGAGAGGCUCAAGAAAAAGGGACCUUAGACUAUUCAAAGUUGCAAGAAGCAAUCCUGGCUGGCAAAGGUGUGACUUCAGCUAUUGACCUAUGUCGUUACCAUGGAAACAAGGCCCUGGAAGCCCUGGAGUGCUUUCCUCCCUCUGAGGCCAGAUCUGCUUUAGAAAACAUUGUGUACGCUGUCACCAGGUUUCCUUGACACAGAAUUUAAAAAGAGACUAUUGUUCAUCGGCUGAAAAUAACAGGGAAGAUGGGGGAGAGGUCUCCACUGUGAACCAUCUAAAUGUGUCAAUGGUUUAAUUUUUUUUUUCAUUUACCACAUAACUGAAUGAGCUUCGCCUUCUUUUUGGAGUGGCUACAAACAAAAUUAGGAGAAGAAGGAGGGAAAAAAAAGGUCAAACAGUUUUCACUUGGCAUGCCAGAAGCACACUUGAGGCAGCUCUAGCAGAAAUAAUUAAUGAGCUUCACUCCUGUGACCUCAGCAAAUGGACAGGAAAUAAGUCUGUAUUGAUUGGACCGAGCUAGGGAUGGCGCCAGGGUGAUGGCCUGUGGUUUCCCUGUGCUAAAAAGGACAGAGGGGGGCAGGCAGACAGCUGCAGGUGUCGAGAGCAACCCUUUCUGAGCAGGCCAGAAUAGAAGAGUGUGUGAAGUCAAGAAUUAAUGUACCAAUUUGUCAUUGUGAAGGGACGUCCAAUGAAUUAAGAAGGAAAACCCUUUCUCUGUCUCCUUGCAAUUAUGUCUCCUCUUGGUUUUAUGUAUUUAAAUAUGAAAAUACCUUGUGCCUCAUGUUUUUAAUAUUUGCUAAAUGUACUAAGAAAAUAUGUCAUGUGUCAUAGGAAAUUUUUAAGCGCUAUCUGAUAUUCAUUUGGUUCUUAUGGAAGAAAGAAGUCUCUUCUUUCUCUUUCCCUCUUCCUCUCUCCUUUUUCCUCCCUUUCUCCUUCUUCCUCCCUCUCCUUCUCUCUCUUUCCUUCUCCCUCCCUCCCUCCCCUUCUCUGUCUCUGUCUGUCUCUCUCUCUGUCUCUUUCUGUCUCUCUCUCACUCUCCUGAAGAUUAAAUUUUUAACCACCAUUUCAGAGAACCAAACUUUUUCUCCUUGAUCAAAGUCAUCUUCUCUUACACUGAUGCAUUCUUUUUCCUUGAUUGGUAAUAGUAUUGUCUUUCAAAUGAAAUGUAUAAAUUUGUAAUACUUGGGAUUGAGGAAUACUCUUUUAUUUGUACAAAUUUUCCGUGGUUUAAUCAUACAACCAAGGAGUUUGUUGGGGGGGAUUUUGUUUAACCUCGCUAUGUCGAAUUUGAAAUCUUGAACCACAGACAUCCAAUUACAGAAAGAAUAUAAGGAAUAUCACAACCCAGCAACUUGACACUGUCUCUGUUUUGUUCAUAGGAGAUGAUUUUUGUGGUUUGCAUGCAUGCAAUAUGAGAACAUCGUUGACAAGAAGGCUGAGUUUACAUAAACGAUCUAGAUUGAGACUCAGCUACCUUUCUUCCUUAUGUGGUGUAAUUACAGCCCAAUCUGGAGACAGCUAACACAGCAAACAGAUUUCAUUACAUCCUUCCCUCCAACUCUGAGUAGAGUUAUUUCUGUUAAAUUCUUCACCCCUUAAAAAAAGUCAUAGAGCUUCUUUGUCAGGGACCAAAUGGGUGACAUACAUCUCAAUAAAAGAUUUAAAAUUA